AUGGUCCAUGCUGAUUCUUCGGCGUUUGCGGCGGGCUUGAGUAAAAAGGAGGUGUUUGCGCAGGUUCUGGAGCAGGCGCGGUUAUUGUGUGAUGGGCAGAGAAACUGGGUCUGCAAUUUCUCCAACACCGCAUCCCUCCUCUGGCACGCAUACCACAGUCUCCCUACCCCCUCGCGUUCUGUGAACUGGGCCGGUUUCUACUUCACCAAUCCAGCCUUACCCUCUGAACUCCUACUCGGCCCCUUUCAAGGCAACGUGGCGUGCCAGCGCAUAGCCUUUGGGCGCGGCGUAUGCGGGACCGCGGCGAAGGAGGCGAGAACGCUGGUGGUGCGGGAUGUGGAUAGGUUUCCGGGACAUAUUGCGUGUGACGGGGCGAGUCGGAGUGAGAUUGUUGUGCCUGUUGUUCAGGAUGGAAAGGUUAUGGCUAUUAUUGAUGUGGAUUGUGCAGAGUUGAAUGGGUUUAACGAGGUGGAUCAGGCGGCGUUGGAGGAAUUGGCGGAAUUGUUGGCGCAGGCGUGUGAUUUCUGA